GGCUCUCGGCCGACGCGAGAACUUUUUAAAAUGUGUGCAAGUUGAAAAUUCUUUGCCAUUCUGACUGCGUUCAUCGUACUUUAGGGCUUACAUUAGUUCAGUUAUUUAAACAUCGAACAUGGACAGAAAAUUUAUAAUUUUUGCCGCGUUACUCAGUUGCGGUGUCUACGCAAAAGAGCCGCGGUUCGUGGACGAGGGGUCAAACGUGACAGUGGUUGUGGGGCGAGACGCCACGCUCACAUGCCGAGUGGAGGAUUUGAACGAUUAUAAGGUGGCGUGGCUACGCGUAGACACGCAGACCAUCCUCACAAUCGGUCCGCACGUGAUCACCAAGAACCACCGCGUGGGGGUCGCGCGGUCAGCACAGGCGUGGGCGCUGACGCUGCGCGACGUGCGGCCGGCCGACGGCGGCGAGUACAUGUGCCAGGUCAACACCGAGCCCAUGAUCACGAGGACGCACCUGCUGCAGGUUGUCGUGCCUCCGGAUAUCGUGGAUAGCGGCAGCAGUGGGGAGGUGAUGGUCCGUGAGGGAGAGAACGUGUCCAUACACUGUGCAGCGUCGGGGGUUCCGCCCCCCACCAUCAUGUGGCGGAGAGAAGAUGCGGGGGUCAUGAGGAUUGGGGAUCAGAACGUGAGCAAAUGGAGUGGCGUCUGGUUGAACCUCACGGCUGUGGAGAGAGCUAUGAGCGGCGCCCUACUCUGCAUUGCUAGCAACGGAGUACCGCCUUCUGUCAGCAAGCGGAUACCUCUGCGAGUUUUGUGUAAACCAUCUGCAGUAGUAUCACAGAAGAUGAUAGGUGGAUAUUUGGGACAAACAGUGUUGCUAAAGUGCCAAAUAGAGGCGUAUCCGACCCCGAAUGUCUACUGGACUCACAUCAACAUCAACAGGAUACAAAACGGUUCCAAGUAUCAGACGCUGAUAAAAUCCAACAGUUACAAGCACACAGCCGUGUUGAAGAUCGACGAUGUGUCACGAGAUGAUAUUGGUGCGUACCAGUGCGUCGCUGAAAACGUGCUGGGUACGGCACGGGACGACAUCACACUGUACACUCUGGCCACGACAACCACGAGCACCACGGUGGUGACAACCACAAGGCCGGCCACGGUCGUGACGGAACCUGCCUCAACGCAACCAUAUACGGAGGUAGACACCAGUUCUGAAGAGUACGUGAAGGACGUGUCUAAUGACUACGUGGUCGUGCUGAGCCAACAUCAAAUGCAGAAUUUGGAAUUAUCACCAAGUUUGUGACCAGAGAAAAGUCCAGAUCACUGGCCCCUGUGGUCUGCGGCGCCCAAAGUGUCACCGUCCCUGGACUUACUUUACAUUAUUAUAAUUGCUAUCGCAUGCUGAAGUUUGGUGGUGUUCAAUAGUUACACGGUGUAUAUAGCAAGCAGAGCUUAAUUAUGUUAGAAUAAUAUCCACUUUACAUCGAAUAAUUUUAAUAAUGCAAAUUAGUGUAUAUAUAAGCAUACGUACAGGAUAUAAUGCUAAUCGAAACUAUUUAUGACUAAGGGCCAGUUGCAUCAACCACAUUUGACAGACACAUCAUCGUCACGUCGCACAGGUCUAUGGAACUUCCCAUACAAUAAAAUUUAACGAAUGCUUUAACGGUGACAGACAGCUUGGUGCAACCGGCCCUAACUGUUAUUUCAACCCAUUGGUAUCCAUAGAAAACUUCAUCGCUAUAACUUAUACCGUUUUUAUUUUAUGUAACGUGUUGACGUAUCUACUUGUAAGUAUUAUCUAUUCAUUGACAGGAAUAGAAUAGUUAUUUGUUAUACAACGGUGCCAAGUUGUAUUUUAACGCCGAGUGUGAAAUUGAAAAACGAGCAAGUGAAAGAAUUUUAUAGUUGAACCAC